AUGUACCACCUCCGGCCGAGCAAGCGCUUCUGCGAGCCCCUGUACAACCGGCGAAGCUGGGAGACGUGGUGGUACGACACCUCCAAGCAGGGGAUCGGUGCCCUCGUGAUUCACAUGACCAACGUGUACCUGGCGCCGCUGUUCCAGGGCGAUCCGUGUACCUGGUAUAUUAUCAACUUUCUACUGGAUUCCACCAUAGGCUUAUUCAUAAUCUACAUUGGAAUUAAAACCUGUCAGUAUUUAGCGCGCAAGAAAAAGUGGGACGCAAUCAACUUUGGCGAGUACGGAGCACCAAAGUCGUGGCUCUACCAGACUUGGAUCUACGUCGGGUUGAUGGCGAUCGUCAAGCUGAUCACGACACUGUUCAUCCAGCUCGACAUCUGGGACAACGUGAAAAACUUUGUCCUGUCCCCGUUUAAGGACCCGCGGAUCGAGCUGGCCGUGGUGAUGCUGGUGAUUCCGUUCUUCGUCAACAUUCUGAUCUUUUGGGUCACCGACAACUUCCUGAUGCGGCACACGCGCAAGAAACGCAAUACCGGUUCCGCCCACAGUCACGGCAGGGAGCAUAGUCUGUUGCAAAAAGUAAGGGGUCAUUUCCAACAAAAGACUAACGAAUUAUGA